UGGAUAAUACAACAUUAAGACAUACAUUCAAUUUGUUCUUGUGAUAAUUUACAAAACAACAAAAAACUAUAAAAAAUUCAUAUACACAACAAAAUAAGACACACGCUAAAUAAAGUGCAUUAACCGCAAGAUGGCAGAGCCGCCACAGAACUCCUACGACGAUACCUAUGCGGACGAACAGUUCGAGGAGGAAACGCUCUCCGAGGUGGAGGAGGAGAGCGACUCGCAGAGCGAGACCGAUGUCGAGGCCGAGUUCCUGCGCGGCAACCCACACGCACGUCGCCAACAGUUGUAUGCAACACGCACUGGCGGCGGCAGCGGGUUUGCGCGCGAGAAGCUCAUGACAUAUCCCAGUUCUUCCGAGGAUGAGCAGCAAGGCAUUAUAACAAAGACUGUAGCUGAGGUGAAUCAAUUGACGCUGCCCUUUGAGCAGACAGAUGAUGAAACGAUGUCGGUGCGCACACUGAUGCCAAAGAGCAAUCGUGAGUUGGAACAGCAGCAGGAGUUUGAUAUGCUAGAAAGCGAAGCGGAUUAUGUGGAAGAGGAUAUGUUGGAAGAAGAGUUAGAAGAGGAGGAGGAGGAGUAUGAAGAGGAUGUGGUUAUUGCCGAGCAAAGCGAAGAUAGCGAUGUUGAGCUGGCUCAGCUUGAAGAAGAGCAGCUGGAAGAGCAAGAUGAGGAACAAGAUGAGGAACAAGAUGAAGAGCAAGAUGAUGACGUUGAUUAUGAUGAGCAUGAUUUUGAUGAACAGCAGGAGGAGGAGCAAGAGGACGAGCUUGAGGAACAGGAGCAGCUGCAGCCAAGUGGCUUGGUCGAUAUAAUCGAUGUGAGCGAAAGCGAAGCAAGUCUGCAUUCUGGCGAGGAGGAGGACGAAGAGCAGCAAGCAGCUUCGCAGCAUAAUACAGACAGCGAAAUGGAGUUUGCCAUAAUGCCAAAUACAGAUCCAAAAUUGCGUGCACCACGCUCCAAGCGGCAGCAGCAGCAGCACCCAGAGCAGGAGCCGGAGCAGGAGCAGCCUGCCAGCAGCGAAAUUGACAUGGAAACUGCUGUGGACUCGGUCACACUAAGUCCCAAGAGUACAGCGGAUCCACUCAAGGAAUUUGAUGAGCUGACUGCACAGCCAUUUGCGGAUCCUUUUAUAGAACGCAUGGCGGAAACAUCGAAUAUGAAAUUUCUGGAGCAGCAGAUGACACAAAUGUCUGAGAUGAUCAUGAAGACGUUUCGUCUCAGUGGCGGCGCAGCUGACAGUAGUGCACUGGAGCAGCUCGCUAUGGCCACCGAGAUGAUGCAGCAACAUGGUCGCCAGCUAAGUGACAUGGCCCCAUCCGAUGAUACACCAGACAUGUCCAUGACUGAAUCCCAAUCGGCACGCACACCAAGCAAAUUGCUCUCAACGCGCAUUCCACGCAGCAAAUGUCGUUGUCCUUCCGCCACGGAUAUUAACAUGAUAGAGACCCAGCAGCAGACCUUUAUGAUGGACGAGUGCGGUCAGGGUGAUGGGCUCAUGCGUUACUCCAUGACUCACUUGCACAAGCAGCAGCUCAAUUGUCGCGUCUCCAGCGUUACGCCCAGCAGUCUGAAUAGCGAAAAUUGUGGCUAUCACAUUGAUCUAGUGCGUCCACGCUCCACUACGUCCACUACAGAAAAGGUCAACUACAAGAAUCUGGGACGCAAGAGCUUUAGCUUUACCAAUCCGCAGGUGCGUGAAAUUGAGCGUCAGAAUCACAUUUUGUUAAAGAAAAUGAUGACGGUUAAGCCCACAAUUAAGCCAGUUGUUAACAGUUCCAAAUCCAGCUCCAAUAUGCAGGGCAAGAAACAAGCUCCGCCUGCUCCACGCUUGACCAGCGCUGCUGUCAAUCGCAAGAAGUAUCAACGCCAGAUUGAUUUGGAUAAUGAAGUGCUCAAGCGUAAACUGGAGGCGGUUGGCACACGCCGUCCCAUCUUCAAAUGAGUCACAAAGUGUUUAGUUUAUCAUUAUUAUUGUAAUGCGAAUUUAUCAGAUUAAAAUUUAUUGCAAGUUGAAA